AUGCCUGGAGCCUCGUGGACGACUCACGAACAGACUGUUUGGUUGAAGUCUAAGAUGGAUGGCUUCCGCUUGAGUCAGCUGCAGGGUUCUGUCUCCGCAUACUUGAACCAGUUGUGCUUAGAAUGGUUUGUGAAAUGGCCAGAAGUUGGCAUCCAUUUCAAAGAUAGCACAACUGGGAUACCUCUUACCGAGGCUGAAUUAAUGAGUGAUCAAAUAAAAGAAUUAGGUAAACUCGUUAAGCAGCGCAAGGGACAACUGCGCUCUUACUGUUAUCGAGGAGCGUCUUCUGCUGGUAGGGCACGCCACACCCAGUUCACCAAGACCAUCACCAAGUUGAUGGCAACUUCGACUGCUCGGACACGUGGACCUACCGCUGUGGAACAUUUCUUACAAACGGACUACAAGGAAGACUCCUCGAUCAAAGAAGAAGUUGCGGCCCAAGUGGAGAAUGAAGCCAGCAAGGUGAUGGCAGCCUGCGGCGAAGCCUAUGUGAUGCAGAUGGAGGAGCAGGCGAAGGCCGAAUGUCGGCGUCGUGCUGAAAGGGCAAAAUGUGAACUUGAGGGGUUGCGGAAUCCCUCAGACUCUCUCAAACUUCAAUAUAUUCAAGGUUUGGGUGGGGUAGCCGGGCAACUACUAGAGACAAUAUUUGAGACAACUGGUUGGCACAGGAGCAUAUACCUAGGUGGCCCGGAUCCACGUGCAAAUGGGGACGUUCGUGUUUUCAGUUUUCACCAUGGGAAGGGGAGCACUGGGUUCACCUUCUGCGACUCACUUCCCGACCACACCAAACGGAUUGUUGAACCAUUCACCAUGUUUCUGAAGGGCGCAUUUGCUACUAGCGCUACAUCUGCACCACCUGAAGUAUUGGAGCACAUCGACGUUUUCAGUGGGGUCGACACGUUCGAUCCCACUCCUCUUACAUUCGAUCCCAUCCCUCCAACAACUUCUGACUCUGUGCCCAUCGUGGAAGGUGGAGGUGUAUCCAUACACCCCGCUGAAAACGAGCUUCGUACAAUGAUUCACCCAACUUCCCAUGGCCCGCAUGAGUAUACAUUCCCCAACAGUUCCUUCAAUUCUGGGUUCUACGAGUCUCUCAACCCUUACCUUAGUUUACCUGAGCCUGAACCUGACACGGAGUCCGGCCUUCCAAUACUCCCUCCCUCCCUUUCUCAGAAUAGCCCAGACACGCCCAUCACUGCAUGGAAGAAGGACUUAGAUGCUGGUAGGAUUACCAGCUUUUCUCCACCUCGUCUUAGUGCCACCUUUGCGCGUGUGGCUUCACAUAGUCCUUCUGGCCGCGGCAAGACAAUACCCCGCGCGUGUCCUGUCACUUUGGGUAAAGCUAAGGCCCCUUCUAUCUAUGAUCACCUCUGUGAUUCAACAUCAACGUCUCCCCGUGCACCUCCGGCAGUCCCGGUAUCGACGGUUCCUAUGGUUCCGGCUGUGCCUGUGCCUGCAACUCGCGGGUCUGCAUCUCCCACCCCACCUCCGUCUGCUUCUGCUACUCUUACAGCUAACACGUCUGCACCUCCUGCCACACCUGCAGCGUCUCCAUUUGCUUCUGCUGCUCCUGCAACUCACGGGUCUGCAACUCCUGCCACACCUGCAGCAGAUGUGCCUCCGUUUGCCUAUCCUCCUACCUCACCUACAGCAGUCGCGCCUGUAGCAGAUGUAUCUCUGUCUGCUUCUCCUCCUACAACCACGAUUUAUUUGGCGCCGAAGGCCCCCGUGUCUAACAUGUCCACGAGCAUCGAAAUGUGCCCUGCCAGCACCACUGUGGACCAGACAACGGAGGAGGUGCACCCAUUUGAUGAUGUACUCAAUCAGUCGUUCCGUCGCGGCAGUCGAAUGCGCCUCCCAUCAACCCAUCUGACGGAUGCUAACAAGAUUGGCAGCACUUCAAAGAGAUCUCGCAAGUCCGUCGCGUGA